AUGGCGUGGAGCUGCCUGAGGGUGACGUCGAUCUGGGCCGAGGACCUCGAGGACGCCAACUUCUUCCGCAUUCUCCGCAGCAUGAACCCCUACGUCAUCGUCUCCCUCUGUGAUGGCGUCAAGCGCCACGAGGAGAAGCAGCAUAGCCCCGUCCACAAGGAUGGCGGCACCGAUCCCAGGUGGGAACACCCCUUCUGCUUCACCUUCGACGAGGCCGCGGCCCGCGCUGGACACCUGACACUCAAGUUCAAGAUCAAGGCCGAGAAGACUGGCCGGAGCCACGGGGAGGUCGUGGUCGUCAAGGUGCCAGUGAAGCAGCUGCUCGAUCAGCCCGGCGGUGACGGGAUGCCGGAGGUGGCGGCCUACCGCGUGCGGUUGCCGUCCGGCGACGAGAUCAAGGGCGUCCUGAAGUUUUCUUACAAGUUCGGCGACCUAAAGGCUGAGCGCCCGCCGCUGCCGAUGCACUCGGCGGCGGCGUACUCUCCGCUGCAGGGUUUCCCACCCCAGGGCUACUAUCCACCCCAAGGAUAUGCUCCCCAGCCCCAGGGACACGGUCCUUCGCCGCAGGUCUACUACCCACCCCAAGGAUGUGCUCCCCAGCCCCAGGGACACGGUCCUCCACCGCAGGUCUACUCCCCACCUCAAGAAUAUGCUCCCUACCCACCCCAAGGAUAUGCUCCCCAGCCCCAGGGACACGGUCCUUCGCCGCAGGUCUACUACCCACCCCAAGAAUAUGCUCCCACCCCCAGGGACACAGUCCUCCACCGCAGGUCUACUCCCCACCUCAAGAAUAUGCUCCCUAUCCAUCCCAAGGAUAUGCUACCCAGCCCAAGGGACACGGUCCUUCGCCGCAGGUCUACUACCCACCCCAAGGAUAUGCUCCCUACCCACCCCAAGGAUAUGCUCCCCUGGGUCCUCCGCCGCAGGUUUACUACCCACCCCAAGGAUAUGCUCCCCACCCCCAGGCACACGGCCCUCCGCCGCAGGUCUACUCCCCACCCCAAGGAUAUGCUCCCCACCCCCAGGGACACGGUCCUCCGCCGCAGGUCUACUACCCACCCCAAGGAUAUGCUCCCCACCCCCAGGCACACGGCCCUCCGCCGCAGGUCUACUACCCACCCCAAGGAUAUGCUCCCCACCCCCAGGCACACGGCCCUCCGCCGCAGGUCUACUCCCACCCCAAGGAUAUGCUCCCCACCCCAGGGACACGGUCCUCCGCCGCAGGUCUACUACCCACCCCAAGGAUAUGCUCCCCACCCCCAGGCACACGGCCCUCCGCCGCAGGUCUACUCCCCACCCCAAGGAUAUGCUCCCCACCCCCAGGGACAAGGUCCUCCGCCGCAGGUCUAUUCCCCACCCCAAGGAUAUGCUCCCCACCCCCAGGGACACGGUCCUCCGCCGCAGGUCUACUACCCACCCCAAGGAUAUGCUCCCCACCCCCAGGCACACGGCCCUCCGCCGCAGGUCUACUCCCCACCCCAAGGAUAUGCUCCCACCCCCAGGGACAAGGUCCUCCGCCGCAGGUCUACUCCCCACCCCAAGGAUAUGCUCCCCACCCCCUGGGACAAGGUCCUCCGCCGCAGGUCUAUUCCCCACCCCAAGGAUAUGCUCCCCACCCCCAUGGACACGGUCCUCCGCCGCAGGUCUACUACCCACCCCAAGGAUAUGCUUCUUCGCCGCAGGUCUACUACCCACCCCAAGUAUAUGCUCCCCACCCCCAGGGACACGGUCCUCCGUCGCAGGUUUACUACCCACCCCAAGGAUAUGCUCCCCACCCCCAAGGACACGGUCCUUCGCCGCAGGUCUACUACCCGCCGCAAGUCUACUACCCGCCCCAAGGAUAUGCUCCCCCACCCCAGGGACACGGUCCUCCGCUGGAGGGUUACCUGA